AUGGCCGCCUCAUCCUUUACAGAUGAUAUGGAGAAAAGUGGAAUGAUUUUACAGUCGAGCGAGAAUCAAAACCCAAUGACAGAUCCUUCACCAACGCCUUCACCGUCUGCAACAGCAACCGCACCAGCUUUGGUUUUGUCUAACUCAGGCAAGAGAAUGGACCAAGCCGGGAAGAAAAAGUACGUGAAGCAAGUCACUGGUCGCCACAACGACACUGAGCUCCACUUGGCCGCUCAACGCGGUGAUUUGGCAGCUGUGCAGCAGAUUCUCAAGGACAUCAACUCUCAGAUGGAAGGCACUCUUAGUGGGGAAGAGUUUGACGCUGAAGUCGCAGAGAUCCGAGCUUCGAUUGUGAAUGAAGUGAACGAGUUAGGAGAGACUGCUCUCUUCACUGCUGCAGACAAAGGCCAUCUUGAUGUCGUCAAAGAGCUGUUGAAGUAUUCGAGUAGAGAAAGCAUUGCUAAGAAGAACCGGUCUGGUUAUGAUCCUCUUCAUAUCGCUGCCAUUCAAGGACACCAUGCGAUUGUUGAAGUCUUGCUAGAUCAUGAUUCGACGCUUAGUCAUACGUUUGGUCCAUCGAAUGCGACGCCGCUUGUGUCUGCAGCUAUGAGAGGCCAUACAGAAGUUGUGAACCAGCUCUUAUCCAAAGCUGGGAACUUGCUAGAGAUCUCUCGGUCUAACCAUAAGAACGCGUUGCAUCUAGCUGCAAGGCAAGGUCAUGUGGACGUCAUUAAAGCUCUCCUGGUCAAAGAUCCUCAGCUGGCAAGACGUGUUGACAAGAAAGGACAAACAGCACUUCACAUGGCUGUGAAAGGGCAGAGCUCCGAAGUUGUGAAACUGCUUCUCGACGCAGAUCCCGCCAUUGUUAUGCUACCGGACAAGUCUUGUAACACAGCGUUACACGUUGCCACUAGGAAGAAACGAGCAGAGAUUGUAGAGCUGUUGUUGUCACUGCCUGAUACCAAUGCAAAUGCUCUAACACGGGAGCACAAGACAGCACUUGACAUAGCGGAAGGGCUUCCACUGUCAGAAGAGUCUUCCUACAUAAAAGAGUGUCUUGCACGUCGUGGAGCUCUUAGGGCGAAUGAGCUGAACCAGCCGAGAGACGAGCUGAGGAGCACUGUCACUCAGAUCAAGAACGAUGUUCAUAUCCAGCUGGAACAGACGAAGAGGACGAACAAAAACGUGCACAACAUUUCCAAGGAGCUUAGGAAGUUACACAGAGAAGGGAUCAACAAUGCAACCAACUCGGUGACCGUUGUGGCUGUGUUGUUUGCAACUGUGGCUUUCGCUGCUAUAUUCACAGUCCCGGGAGGAGACAACAACGACGGGUCAGCGGUGGUGGUGGGGAGAGCAUCGUUCAAGAUCUUCUUCAUCUUCAACGCGAUCGCGUUGUUUACUUCUCUGGCGGUCGUGGUGGUGCAGAUCACGUUGGUGAGAGGAGAGACGAAAGCUGAGAAGAAGGUGGUGGAAGUGAUCAACAAGCUCAUGUGGUUGGCGUCGAUGUGUACAUCGGUGGCGUUUCUUGCAUCGUCGUACAUUGUGGUUGGGCGGAAGAACGAGUGGGCGGCUGAGCUGGUGACGGUGGUUGGGGGUGUGAUAAUGGCUGGGGUUCUUGGAACCAUGACUUAUUACGUGGUGAAGUCGAAGAGGACAAGGUCGAUGAGGAAGAGGGUUAAGAGCGCAAGGAGAAGCGGUUCCAACUCGUGGCAUCAUUCGGAUUUCUCAAACUCGGAAGUUGAUCCCAUUUUCGCAAUCUGA